GCUUUCGCUUGGCUAUAUUGAAUCAUUUUAGCACGUGUGUAAAAGUGCCAAAGUAAUUUUUUUGAAAAAUGGGUGACGAAGAAUACAAAAAUGGACCAGCUGGCUUGGAAACUGAGGGUAUGAUUGAAAGCAACUGGAAUGAAGUCGUCGACAAUUUUGAUGACAUGAACCUUAAGGAAGAACUACUUCGUGGCAUUUACGCUUAUGGUUUCGAGCGUCCUUCGGCUAUUCAGCAACGCGCAAUUUUGCGAUGCAUCAAGGAGCAUGAUGUAAUUGCUCAAGCCCAAUCGGGUACUGGAAAAACGGCAACAUUUUCCAUUUCAAUUUUGCAACGAAUUGACACCAACUUGCGCGAAUGCCAAGCUCUCAUUUUGGCACCCACUCGGGAAUUGGCAACUCAAAUCCAAAAAGUUGUCAUCAAUUUGGGCGAAUUUUUGAAAGCCGAAUGUUCAGCGUGCAUCGGUGGUACCAACGUACGUGAAGACAUACGGAAAUUAGAUUCAGGCGCUCAUGUGGUCGUUGGAACACCUGGCCGUGUUUUUGAUUUAAUUAAUCGUAAAGUGUUGCGUACGAACUACAUCAAAAUAUUCGUGCUUGACGAAGCCGAUGAAAUGUUGUCACGUGGUUUCAAGGACCAAAUUCAUGAUGUCUUCAAGACUCUUCCAUCGGACGUUCAAGUCGUAGGGGGAGUAUGUGUAAGUUGA